AUGUCCCUACAGUGGGAUGAAGAGGGACUAGAGUACUUUUUACAGCUUGAUCGGACAGGCGAUGAAGGUGCACUGGAGGUCAGCAUACAGCGGAACCACAUGUCAUCCGCCAAACGCUUGAAAUCUGAUAUCCCCAAGGACAUGAUAACGGUGGCAUUGACCUUGUUCAGGUACAACCCCAAUGGUAAUGGUAGCGAAGAAGAAUCCAAAGAAAUGGUGAGAAACCUGAUGAGCAAGUUGAUUCCGAGCAUUGAUCAACUAAUACAGCAUACCGGCUUGAAAGAAAGACUAGUGACUGGUGGUUCAACAUCUCUUGAAGCAACUCGAGGACUGUAUAUUGCUUCCUUACUCAUGCAACUGACAGAUGAUGGAUUUCCUGGACUUGUGUGGACCUCACCACCCAAGUUCCCAAAGGUCCAAGAGGUUGUUGAGAAUGAAAGUGGUGAUUUGAACACCAACAGGCAAGCUCCAGAGGCCACAAUAGAACUGGGAGUACCAAUCUUGGGAUCCCUUGGGAGGCAGACAGUAGGACAGAGGGUGCAAAGGAAAGAUGGGAACUGGAAAACUCAACAUAAUCUGACCAAGAUACUUGUCAACACGGUCUGGAGGGCCUGGGUUAUGUCACUGCAAGGAAGUGAACGGGACGCCACACUGAGCAAUACUGAAAAGACAGAAGUCCCAUGCUUGUUGACACUCUGGGCCAUGGCAGAAGCAAGCAAUGUAGAUAAGCAUGGAUCAACAGAGGUUUAUUGGAACUAUCCUCCUGAACGGCCACAUAAUCAUAAUGAUCCUGCUUUGAAUAUGACUGCACAACCAGGUGAGCCUAGCAACACAAGCUCACCCAUGCUCCAGAAACCUGCCUUGUGGCCUGACCCAAGGGACGAAUAUAUCUUCAAGUGGAUCAAGUACCUGAAGAAAGGCAGUGAGCUUGCCCAGAUGGCUGGCCCAGUGUCACACCAUGCAACUGCCCAUAAGAAAUAUUGUGCAAAGGAGAUGUCAACCAUGGUAUCUCAACGUGGCUUCUCUUAUCUUGCUGACAAAGACACAAUAGCACAAGCUGAAGAGCUGUUCUAUGCAACAGGCAUCAAGGGUAGUGGGGCCCUUACAGCUACACAGCGCGUUGUCCAGGGGGCAGCUAAGACAAUCUAUCAUGCUCUUGUUGAGUUAUCUGAAAAGACCAAAUCUGAUGAGUUGCUUAGUCAAGAUUCUGCUAGUCCAAGUUAUGGACCCACAGUAUAUUGUGAUAUGAUGCUUGGGGUGCUCAUGCAAGCAGCUGAACUGGGAUUUAAAGGCAUACAUAGGAGGAUAUUACGGCUCAGUCAUGACCCAUAUCUCAUCUCUAUGGCAAAUAACCUAUUCAAAUCACUACAAUAG